AUGAACUUACACAGUAGUUCAUCGAAACAUGACGAACUUCGUGAACACAUUUUUGAUUACUCCAAUUACUCUUCUACAGAAGAUGAGAACUCUAACUGGAAGCGUUCAACUAGUGAUGCAAGCUUUUUUCUUGACGGACAGCUUCCAAUCGACGAGUGCGACACAUCUGGAAAUGUUUCAGAACAAGCACGAGUUUAUUGGGACUUACCAGAAGCUGUGGAAGCCUCCGUAACACCUAGUUGUGGAUUAGACAGAUCACAACGCAGCUACGAAAUACGAAAAUUAGAAAAGGUGUCAAGUGGAUCUGCAACAUCACGUGUUCAGGUGCAUCGUGUGCAUUUUCGAGAGCACAACUUACCACCAAUAAUGAGAAAAGAUGGAACGAAUCGUUCACAGUCAACACCAUUUACACCAUUUCAAAAUAUAGACUGUGCACGUUUAUUGAGACAGUUUCAAGAACAGCAGCAACAAAGAGAUUAUAAUCUUGAUUCAACUCGAUUAUUAUCUGUUCAGCAUCGUUCAAAAUCUGACGCAAAUCAGUCAGUAUCAUCAAGUUCUAAAUUUGUUUUAAAGACUACUGAUCAUCAAUCUGAUCUGACAAAUAACGACGCAAUUAUUAUGGGUAAUAAAGCUAUUAAAAAAGAAUAUAUUAACGAAUCAACGACAUCAUCAUCAUUAUCAAGUGUUCUUAAUAAUAGAUUUGAUACAUUUAUCAAUCAUACUAGUGGUAAUGUUGAUAAUAAAAUUAUUAAUGAUAUUAAUCCUAAAAGUAAUCACAAUUUUCAAAUGAUUGAACAAAAAAUGAUAUCAGAAAUGGAAAAACUAAGACAUAUUUCGUUGUCACCCUUCACUGUUUCAUCAUCUUCAUCAUUAUCGACCAUCGUGCAGCCAUCAGACAAUAUUGCUAAUAUUAUAACAACAAUGACUACAAUACCACAAGAUAACAAUUCCGUACUUGUACGGAACGAAAAAGACAUGAAUCGUUUAAAUGAAGAAUAUAAGACCAUAACCAACUGUGAAUAUUGGUUAAAUAAAGCACGUCAAGCAUGUGAAAAUCAGGCUGAUUUGAAUGUUUUAACUGCCGAUCUUAUAAAACCUGAUGGUCUUUUAGAAACAAUUGCAUCAAGACUUAUCAAACCUAUUGAGUCUACUUCGGAAGCGCCUAUUACUGAUUUUACUCAGAAUAUCCAUGAGCAAUAUUCUCAUUACGAUGAUCCAGAAACAAGUGAACUAUUCACAGAAUCUACAGACAAUGUAGAUGGAAAACCUGUGAAAUUACUUUCCAGUACAACAUCGGACUUAAAUCUUCCGAAGGUCAAUCAGUAUAAUGAAGCUAGCAGACGAGUUGUUAUUGGCUCAGCACGACUACUCAGUCAGAUUUUAUCAGAAAAUCAUUUGCUCAAAAUACUAGAUAAGAAAUUAGUUUCACAAAAGCAUUCUAAUGUUUUGCAUAAAGAUGAGUUUGACAAAGUAGAUAAGUUGAUUAUUCAUAAACAAGAAUGUUCUCCGUGUAACACUUCACCCACCUAUGAUAAUGAUUAUGAAAAAUCAAUUGAUACGAAUGGUACCACAAAAUUAUUAUCUCCCACAGCUUUAUCAUCAACGCAAAAUCCUUUACUGUACAAUGAUAAGUUACCAUCACAUGGGCAUAUAACUAAUUUACUCAAGAAUAUUAUCGGAAAAUGUUGGGAAUACCGUGAAGAUGUAGAUAUCUAUCGUGAAUAUUUGGGAAUCUUAGAACCUUUAUUAAAGCAUACAGAAACAAUGUGUGAUACAGUAGUUGAAAAUGGUGGUCUUCGUAGUUUAAUUUAUGCUUGUCGUUCAAGUGAUCUACCAUCUUUACGUCAUGCAGCUGUUUGUCUAAUGAGUUUAGCACUAUUUGGUGGGAGUGGAAGUCAUAGUGAAAUGAUGCGUCAACAUGCAAUUGAAUGGUUAUUUUGUUUAGCAUUUCAUCAAGAUGAAGUAAUUAAAUAUUUUGCAUGUUUAACUAGUGCUGUACUAUCUACUAAUCCCGAAUUGACCGCUGCAGUAAAUGCUUCUUGUACACUCAACCUAGUGAUGCCUUUCGUACGUUCACAUUCACCAAUAGAAUUUGCUCGUCAACAUUUAGUUGCUGCUUUUCAACACACUUGUAAGAAGAACGCAUCCGAUACUUCAGAGUCACAGACAUCUUUUUCUAACAAUCAGUCAGACACUGCAAAUUAUUGCUGUGAAAAUCGGUAUACAGGGGGGUCGGCCGAUUGGUUAAAACGUUUAGUACCAGUUAUGUUCAGUAAACAAUUUGAACCACGUGUUUUGGUUGCUUUUCAUUUUGCUGUUGAAGCGACACUAAAAUCUGAUAUGAAGUGCAGCCAUGCGUUUUACGAAUCAGAUAUCGUAGAAAUCUUGCGUAAUGUUGUCUGUAGUUCAACUUUUCUUGAGUCGAAAUUCGCAGCAAUGGCCCUACAUAUUUUAGGUGAAGACGUCCCUUGUCGAUUGUCAGCCCAAGUACCGUUAUGGGAUUAUGCUGAAGUUGAAUGCUGGUUGACUCGAAGAGGAUUUGAAGAUUUGGCUAGUAAAUUUUCAAAGCUACGUGUUGAUGGUGAUUUAUUACUUAGAUUAGAUGAAUUCAAAUUAGAGAAGGAUUUAGGACUUGAAAAUGGAAUCACGCGAUCUAGGUUAUUACGUGAAUUAUGCUCUUUGAAGAUUAAUGCAGAUUAUUCAGCUGUUGAUCCAACUGGAAUUUCUGCUUGGCUACGUGAAGCUACACGUAUCACUGCUUUAAAUAAUACGAAUACACCAAGAAAUCCAACGACAUCAGAUUAUGUUGUAAUUAAAAAUGAUUUUCAAUGGACAACGGCUUCUACUAAUGCAUCAGAAUAUACCUCGAAAUAUUGUUAUACACAUGAUUUAUCCUGUUUAAAUCAAUCAUUCGAUCUUCUUCAAUAUUCAUAUAACUUUAUUUCAGCCGGUGUACAUUAUCCUUUCUUACCUUAUUUAUCAGAUAAAAUGCUUUUAGAAGAUUGUCACAUUAAAAAUGGAAUACAUCGUAAACGAAUUUUAGAAGCAAUACAAUCUUCCAUAUCAAUACAUAAUCAGUUACGUCUUACAGAUAAUGAUUCCAAAUUAAACGCUUCAAGUCAUCCAAACAAGUAUAUUGAUAUAUUUAUUUCUUACCGUCGUUCUACUGGUUCUCAGCUGGCGAGUUUAUUAAAAGUUCAUUUUCAUUUACGUGGCUAUCGAGUAUUUUUAGAUAUUGAUCGUUUAACUGCUGGAAAAUUUCAUGAAUCAUUACUUCAUUCUAUUAGAUCAUCAUAUAAUUUUGUUCUUGUUUUAACACCAAGAGCAUUAGAUAGAUGUUUAAAUGACAUACAUUGUAGAGAUUGGAUACAUAAAGAAGUUGUAUGUGCCUUGGAAAGUGGAUGUAAUAUAAUACCAAUUACUGAUAAUUUUACAUGGCCACCAGCUGAGUCUUUACCAGAGGAUUUGAGGUCAAUAACAACCUACAAUGCAGUUAAUUGGAUUCAUGAUUAUCAAGAGGCAUGUAUUGAUAAAGUGGAAAAAUUCAUGAUUAAAUCAAUAACUUCAACUCCUUUACCAUGUAAUCAAAUUAAACCAUUUGAAAAAUAA